AUGCUCUCGCGCAUGUUAGCGUACCUCAUCAACAACAUGCAGGUUGUCGAGAAGUUGGCAGAAUCCCGUCCAAUUCGGAGGGCAGCCCAGAUCACCGCUUAUGUCAUAACGAAGGCUCAGAUUGUUGGGCGGGAUACUUCGGAACGCGUCAUUCGGUCCCAGACGCUUCGGCAGGUCCGUCAGGAAGCUGGCAAAGUCCCCAUGGACCUGGAAGAGAUGAACAGUCGCCUCAAGAGAGUCCGAGAGACAUUUGUUAACGAGGUGAAGGAGGGAUGGAAGGAUGGUUCGAGGCAGAUAAAGAAGUAA